GCAGGGCGAGAGAGAGAGAGGGAGUGAAGCAGAGCAAGAAAGAAAGAGUGUGAGUAUUGCAGUCUCUACUCAUUCUUCAGUGGACCGCGAUCAGUUCACAUCUCUCUUCUAAACACAUGCAGUCUCACAUAGCCUGAGACAGACAGAGACAGACAGAUAGAUAGUUAAACAGGCAGAGAGAAAGACACCGGCGGAAGACAGACGCUGAAGGAGGUCAAAGGUUUCACAGGGACUGAAGUGGCAUGGCUCAGGGCUCUGACAAUAACGACACCAGCUAUACCAAAUCCCCCUCACCGGGCAAUAAACAGGGUUCGACGGAUGACGUAAGGAAGGUGAUGAGGAGAGAGAAGAACCGCAUCGCGGCGCAGAAGAGCCGAAUGAGACAAACGCAGAAAGCCGACAGUCUGCACCUGGAGAGUGAGAGUUUGGAGAAGGAGAACGCGGCGCUCAGGAAAGAGGUGAAAAGACUCACAGAAGAGGCCAAAUAUCUGUCCACGGUCCUGAGCAACCAUGAGCCGCUGUGCACGGGCCUGAGCGGUGCGUCCACAGAGCUACUGUACGGCGCUCACCAUGGUGCUUUUCACCAGCACAUCAGCGUGCCUCAUUACCCGCUCUGACCAGCAGAGGACGCCGCAGAACCACCGGGUAUCCGCCUGUGGGCGACAGUCAAUGAACUUUGAUUUGAGUCAUGAACCACACAAGAGUCAUCAGAGGGCACUGAAGUGAUCUUACAAUCAUUUCCUGAAUAUCAGAAAAAAAAAGGCUGCAGAUGUAAUGAUUUUUGUGGCACUGACAUCUGAAUAGAAUUUUUCGUUUUUUUUCUCGUCUAAAGUAAAAUAAUCCCAGCUCCUUGAACAAAAACUCAUGUCUGUAAAAUGCAAGCAUCUGUAGUGUUAAACGUCGGCUACUGACACAAUGAAUGUUUUUAAUUUAGAUUUUAUUAGAAACCACUCUACUGAUUCAUAUGAUCAUUUAUUUAAUUCUAUUUCUGUGAAAUGUUUAUGAGAUGACUGGAUUCUAAGAAAAAUGAUUGUUUAUCCUGUUCACAAAUAAUAUGUGUGAAUGUUUUUCUAUUAUGACUCAUUUAAGAUGUUGAAUUGGUCAAACAUUCUGAAUGUACUUUAUACACGAUUCUAGAAAAGUAUUUUUAUUCUAAACCCUUUGGGAUAUUUUAAAGUUGUAUGAGGCUAUAUCUCAAAUGUGGAGGGAGAAAAAAUUUGUACCCGUGAUCACCUGAGGACAAAAUAAAAACUGUAAAAUACA